CUCACGAUAACGAGUCGCAACUCGCAAGUCGCAACUGGCACACAAUCAUGCACGCACACACUCACAACGCAACCGUGAUAAUCGGAAAAUAAUAAUUUACAACGCCGAAAAUCCCCACGAUUCUUUUUUCGUUAUAACCAUAAUUUUAAACCAUUAUUCAUUAUGCGUUUAUGCACGCGCACGUUCUGAAGUCUGAAAGUACGGUGUAUAUUUAAUAUAUAUACUAUUGAGUAUAAUACGCGUUUUGUGUUAAUUAUAUUAUUUCUGAUAUUAUUCAUUUUAUACCUAUUGACAUUUGACAUAUUGUUUUAUUUUAUUUUAAUAUUUCAAUUUUCAAUAAUAUCAAUACUACUGUACACCGCGAAUCCGUUGAACUCGAAAAAGUCGUAAAAUUCUAGAAUCGCACACGUUCACGGCCACCGCUUUUGUUUCGUUGUGAUUCGCGGUCGUGUGUUCACUGUUGUCACUUGUCAGUUACUCAAUUCGCAGUUCAAAAGUUGUCAGUUGACGUUCGCUGUAUUUAGACGUUCGUUGCUUUAGUCUCGCACAGCCGUCCGCCAAAUCCGGUGUCGACGCCACGCUGAUAAUCGCUGCUCCUACGACCUACGCCGACUCAGCACAACAUACCACGUACUUCCCGGAAAGCGACUAGAUGUUAGGUAUGUCAGUAAAAGAAAUGGAUACCAUUCAGGCCUCAUCAUCUGGUGAAAAUAAUCUAAAGCAAGUUCUGAAAACAAAUGAAUGUCAACCAACACAUUUUAGAAACGACUCUCACUCUACAAGAAUACUAGAAGAUUUACAAUCUCUACGCAAAAAUGAAGUUUUAUGUGAUGUUAGAUUUGAAACAGAUGAUGGAUGUACAACGUUUGGCCAUAAAAAUGUUUUAAUGGCAGCUAGUCCAUAUUUCCGUGCAAUGUUCAGUAGUUUUGAAGAGAGAAAUAAAGAUCUUGUUACUAUAAGAGAAUUAGAUUCCACCAUUUUACAGCUAUUAGUAGAUUACAUUUAUACUGGAGAAAUUAUGGUCACAAAAGAAAAUGUGCAGGGGUUGUUACCAGCAGCAAAUGUAUUACAGUUAGAUUAUGUAAAUGAAGUAUGUGCUGAGUUUUUACAAAAGCAACUGAAUCCAUCAAAUUGUCUUGGUAUCAGAGAGUUUGCUGAUUUACAUAACUGUACAAAAUUGUUGCCGAGUUCUGAAGCAUAUAUUAAACAACAUUUUUUAGGAGUGGCUAAAGGCGAAGAUUUUCUAUCCUUAUCUUAUGAAGAUUUGGUGAAGCUUAUUUCCUCUGAUGACCUUGCUGCUCCAUUUGAAGAAAAAGUAUUUGAAUGUGUUAUCAAAUGGGUAAAGCAUGAUUUGGAUCUAAGAAAUGAUUUUUUGCCAAAAUUAAUGGAACAUGUACGUUUGCCAUUAUUAAAGCCUGAUAUAUUACUUAAUAUAUCUAGAGAACCUCUUCUAAGCAAUAGUUCUAAAUGUAAAGAUUAUAUAAUCGAAGCAUUACAUUUUAAUCAUCAAAAAUCAGUUAAGCAUUUCACCAUUCCAAAAACAAUUAGGUUUGAACCUAGACAGUUUGAUGGUUUUCAAAAAGUUAUUUUAAUGUUCAAUUGGUCUCAUGCAUCGCCAAUGUGUUAUACAGAAUGGUAUGACCCAGCAACCAAGCUAAGAGAGAAUGCACCAGGGAUAAAUGAAUGUAGGAAGUUUGCUGGUCUUGGCGUAUUAAGAGAUCAGGUUGUGUUUGCUAUGGGAGGUGUAAAAGGAAAAAGUUCUAAAUCUGUUAGUAUGCUCGACGUAUCUUCACAAUCACCCUCAUGGGUUCCAAUGGCGGACAUGUUAGUUAGUAGGAUGCGAUUGGGAGUUGGUGUAUUGGAUGAUUGUAUAUAUGCAGUUGGCGGAUAUGAUGGCAACAGUACUUUAAAUAGUGUAGAGGUAUUUGAUGUCAUUAAUCAAAAAUGGAGUAUGGUAACCAGUAUGUCUACUAAUAGACGUGAUUUGGGCAUUGGUGUACUCAAUAAUCGUUUAUACGCUGUUGGAGGUUCUGAUCAUGAAAACUGUUUGAAAUCUGUGGAAUAUUAUGUUCCCACACUUGAUUCAUGGACACCAGUUGCAGAGAUGUCUUUAAACCGUCAAGGUGUUAGUGUAGGAGUCUUGGACGGUCUUAUGUAUGCUAUUGGUGGUUGUAUUAGUGUGUUAUUUGGAACGUAUCUUAAAAGUGUUGAGGUUUAUAGACCGAGUGAUGGAGUUUGGUCAUCUGUAGCUGAUAUGGAAAUAUGCCGAUUUCGUCCUGGAGUAGCUGUAUUAGAUGGUUUUUUAUAUGUUUUUGGCGGAGAAAAAAAAUCAUCUAUUGUUAAUUCUGUAGAAAUUUACGACCCCAAGACCAAUACUUGGACCAUGGAGAGAUUGUCAAGUAAUGGAGUACAAAUUUAUGGUGGAGUAGUUGUUGAUAGUCCGCAUCAUUAUCAUUAAUCAACUUACAGAAGUACUCAUUGUUAAUAGUAAUAUGAACAUAUUUUUGUAUAAAUUAUGAUGACAUGUGUAUCGUUUUAAAUAGUUUUGUUUUUUUAAAUACCUAUUUGAUAAGAAUGUUUUUUUAUAAU